UUGAGAACGUUUGAAACACAUAUACCAGAUAUGUCGGGCAUUUAAAUUUGAUUGAAAAAUUCAGUUAGAAUAGUGAUGAAUACCGUACAUCAUGUGCAUCGUUUGAUCUAGUUUUUGUGUGUGAGCGGCAAUUUUUGCGUGGACAUUUAUGCAUAAUUUUUUCGGUGCUGAUUUGGCACUUCAAAAUUUCUUUGGUCUAUUAGCUAUUUAUUAGUCAAAUCGGAUAUGGUUUAUUUUUUUGCUAUUGCCUUUCUGCACGCACAUUUAAAUUGCAAACAAAUGUGAUCGAGCCGAAAAAUUCAGUACGACAGUUCUCCGUUUACCGUACCGAGCGUGUAGAAAAUUUAACAAAAAAUUAAUUUAAAAAAGUAAUAAUAAUUAAAUCUUUAGUAAUGAGGUGUGUAUCAUUGUGCACUUCGUCGUUAAAAUACAAUCAAUAUUCCACGAAAUUAGUUUAACAUUCGAUGACAAAAAAAGAAAAACCGAGAGAGAGGCGAUAUAUGCAUACAAAACAUAUACGACGAACCCGCAAUUGGAAUCGAAAACCGAAAUCAAAAUCAACAAAAUAGAUUUAUAAAUCGAUUAGAUUUUUAGUUAAUAAACACACGCACAAUGACAAUGUCUUAAGCGAUUAGUUAAAACCGACCGAAAUCAUCAUCAAUCAGCCAUCUAGUUUCGUUUUUAUACAUAAAAUCACAUCCAAUCACGCAAAAUGGUCAUAAUGAUUUUCAUCAUUUUAUAAAGUGAUUCACACACAGACAGCGAAUGCUAUUCCCGAAAAUAGUCUUGAAAUGAAAUUGCUUUUCAUUCUUUAAUGUGAACAAAAAAAAAAGAAAUAGAGAAAGAAAGAAUUGAAUAUGUGUUAGUUUUGUAUUCACACAUUUAGUAAAUAAUCAGCUUUGAUAAAAUCUCAUUCAUUGGCCAUUGUUGUAUCGAACGAUGUUGAUAAACAAUUGAACGGACACACACACAUUGUACCGAGCAAAAAAUAACAAAAAGCGUUCACGUCACAAAAUAUUGGACGUGGCACAGGAACCCAGAGAGUAGUAAGACAACAUAAGCAUCAAGGCAUUUGCAAACAAACAAUCAACCAAACAGCCAACCAACCAACCAUCCAAUCAAACUACCGAAACUGCCAUCGCGGUGAACAUGUGGAUUAUUUAUUAUGGGUUUACUCUGCUUUUAUGGUUAAAAAAUGAUGGAAAUGUUUAUGCAGAUAUAUAUGAGUCACAUCUUAGAGGGCCUAGUUUUGUGAUGGAACCGCCAUCACGGUUAGAUUUUUCGAAUUCAUCUGGCGGCUGGUUAGACUGUUCGGCCACAGGAACGCCACAUCCCACAAUCGAUUGGAUUUCAAUGGAUAGCACAUCAGUUGGUGAUGUGAGCGGUGUUCGUAGAGUAUUACGCAACGGUACACUAGUGUUGCUGCCAUUUUCAGCGGCUGCAUAUCGACAAGACAUACAUAACACCAUUUAUCGGUGUGUUGCAUCCAAUUCGGUUGGCCGCAUUAUAUCGCGUGAUGUUCAAGUUCGAGCAGUUGUGGCCCAAGCAUACAAAGUCGACGUAGAGGUAUUGGCUGCAUCAAGAGGUUGUUCGGCGAUAUUGCGAUGUGUUAUACCGACAUUUGUUAAGGAACUAGUUCGAGUGGUUUCGUGGGUUCAAGAACCUGCAUUUUAUAUAUAUCCAUCUUUACAAGGAGAUGGCAAAUUUCAUUUACUGCCUACGGGUGAACUUCUUAUACAUAAUUUGGAAUACAACGAUCGAUUUCCCUCGUAUCGAUGCCGCACUAUGCAUCGACUAACAAGGCAAGUGGUUGCAAGCUCAUCGGCAAAAGUUCGAAUAAACGAUCAACGAGGUAUUAUUGCACCAAGUGUUGUUGAGCAUACGAACCAUGUGACGGUGGCACACGAUGAAGGAGCCGUUUUAUUGUGCAUUGCUCAAGGAUGUCCAUCUCCAGAAUACAGAUGGUUUUCGAACAACAACAUUGAAUCGCUAUCGGUUAUAAGCGGUCCACGGAUUCGGGUACUGGGACCAGUGCUAGCAAUUGAAGCCGUUACAAGCGAAGAUCAGGGUACAUAUAAAUGCCUCGUUUCAAAUACAGGCGGCGAAGCAAGCGCUGAACUUCGUUUAACCAUCACAACACCAUUACAAGUGGACAUCGUUCCCAGCAUAAUGAGCGUUCAUAUGGGCGCAUCAGCUGAAUUUCGUUGUUCGGUCACAAGCAAUGGAAUAUCAAUUGGAAUGCAGCACAUAACAUGGUACAAAGAUGGUCGUCAAUUGCCAUCAAGCCGUUCCGGCGAUACAUUGCUGAUAACCGAUGUUGGCCGUGAAGAAAAAGGAAUGUAUCAAUGUGUUGUACGUCGUCAGGAUGGCGAUAGCUUCCAAGCAUCAGCCGAGCUUCAAUUGGGCGAUGCGCCGCCCGUCAUGCUUUAUAGCUUUAUAGAACAGACACUGCAGCCAGGUCCAGCCGUUUCACUGAAAUGCUCAGCUGCCGGAAAUCCGACACCGCAAGUAACAUGGACUUUGGAUGGUUUUCCACUACCAUCCAAUGGCAGAUUUCUCAUCGGUCAAUAUGUAACAGUUCACGGUGAUGUUGUAAGCCACGUCAAUAUUAGUCAUGUUAUGGUCGAAGAUGGUGGAGAAUACACUUGCAAUUUGAAAAAUCGGGCUGGAAAAAUCUCACACUCGGCUCGUCUAAAUGUAUAUGGUUUACCGUACAUACGACUUAUACCAAAGGUAACAGCUGUUUCGGGCGAAGUUUUACAUCUUAAGUGUCCAGUGGCUGGGUAUCCUAUUGAAGAGAUUCAUUGGGAACGAGGAGGACGCGAGCUUCCCGAUGAUAUAAGGCAGAAAGUUCAAUCAGAUGGCUCCUUGGUGAUAAGUCCUGUACAAAAACAAGAUGAUUCGGGAGUAUAUACGUGCUGGGCGAGAAACAAACAAGGUCAUAGUGCCAGACGCAGCGGUGAAGUUGCGGUAAUAGUACCACCAAAAUUGAAUCCAUUCCCGUCGACGGUAUUACAAUUAUUAAAUGUCGGCGAUCGUGCAUCAUUGACCUGUUCUGUUAUCAAAGGUGAUUUACCAUUGACAAUCACCUGGCGCAAGGAUAAUCGAAUCAUCGACGCAUCGCAACACAUUUCCAUCAAGCAAGUUGAUCAUUACAAUAGCAUUUUAGUGAUUGAAAACUUAGGACCUGAUCAUACAGGAAAUUACACGUGUAGUUGCCGCAACUCUGCUGCCGAAGUGGAAAUUGCUCAAUCACUCUUGGUCAAUGUACCGCCACGUUGGAUUGUUGAGCCGAGCGACGUGAGCGUCGAACGAAACCGUCAAAUCGCCUUACAUUGUCAAGCUCAAGGCGUUCCACAGCCCGUCAUUGUGUGGAAGAAAACUACAGGAAGUAAAUCUGGGGAUUACGAAGAAAUUCGCGAAAAACAGUUUACAAAGUUAUUAUCAAAUGGUUCGCUGCUAUUGCAAAAUGUUAAAGAAGACCGGGAAGGAUUCUAUCUUUGUCAAGCGCAUAAUGGCAUUGGUUCUGGCAUCAGCAAAGUAAUUCAAUUGAAGGUCAACUCAUCACCGUAUUUCUCGGCACCAUCGCGAAUAGUCACCGUUAAAAAAGGCGACACAGCAAUUUUACAAUGCGAAGUUAAUGGCGAUAAGCCGAUUAAUGUGCUUUGGCUACGCGCUGGAAAGCAUGAACUAAAUCCAUCAACAAAUUAUAGAGUAACGGUAAAACAAGAUGUAACACAAGAAGGUAUUGCGGCCGAAGCGCAAAUUGUAAACGUUGACAGUAGUGAUAGUGGUCCGUAUUUUUGUCAAGCUUCUAAUUUGUAUGGUCGUGAUCAGCAAUUGGUGCAAUUGCAAGUGUUGGAGCCACCUCAAGCUCCAACCUCAUUAACAGCCGCAUUGAUAACAAGCCGGUCGGUGAAUCUUAAAUGGCAGCCACGUGGUGCCGAUGCAUCGGAGGUGACAAAAUAUAUUGUGGAAUAUAUGGAACAUGAUCGUCCAUGGCAAGAGAUUGUUAUCACCGAUCCACCAUUAUAUACGGCUCUUAUUGAAAAUUUAAAACCAGCCACACGAUAUAUUUUCCGUGUUAUCGCUGAAGGUCAGGCUGGACAAAGUUCACCGAGUCAAGAAUUGCAUGUUAAAACCGAACCACAACGACCGGCUGGAGCUCCACUGAAUCUAUCAGCUCGACCAUUGUCAUCGACCGAAAUUCUUGUCACUUGGAUGCCACCAUUGGCCGAAUUACGUCAUGGUGAAAUACAAGGUUUUAAUAUUGGAUACAAGACAUCAACAACGCCCGGAAAUAAUAAUUAUAAUUUCACAUCGGUGUCGGGCGAUGGUGAAGACGGAACUGGUGAAUACCUUUUGAGCGGCCUACUUAAAUAUACGCGAUACAAUAUUGUAAUUCAAGCUUUCAAUCAGAUUGGUUCGGGCCCACUAUCCGAAGCAGCCACAGCACAGACACUUGAAGAUGUGCCAAGUAUGCCACCAGAAAAUGUUCGUUGUGCACCGCUUACAUCUCAGUCAUUGCAAAUAUCGUGGCAACCACCGCCAAGUCAUCACACAAACGGUUUACUGCAGGGCUAUAAAGUCAAUUUUGAAUUUAUGUCAGAUCUUUUAAGUGGCAUGAAUGAUGACAUCGAUUCAAGAAAAACCACUGACUUGACUCUAGUUUUAAGCGGAUUGAAAAAGUUUACUAACUAUAGCAUUCAGGUGCUUGCAUUUACCCGAAUCGGUGACGGCGUUGUAUCGAAGCCACUUUACUGCCAAACGGAGGAAGAUGCUCCGGAAGCACCACUAGAUAUCAAAGUUGUUGUUAGUUCACCGCAAUCUUUGUUUGUUUUAUGGCUACCGCCAUCCGAACCAAAUGGCAACAUAAUCAAGUAUAAUCUUUAUACUCGUGUCGUGAACGGGAGAGAAGAGUUAAAUCAUGAGAAACGAACAUUAGGACCAUCAAUUUUAAAUUAUGAGGCAAAAGGACUUCAAGCACAUAUUGAGUAUCAAUUUUGGGUGACAGCAUCGACACGUGUUGGCGAAGGGAAAAGCUCCCGCGUUGCAUCGGCCAUAACAAAUAAUCGUGUGCUGGCCAAAAUUAUUUCAUUCGGUGGUCCGGUCAUUCGAACAUGGCGUUCAACGGUGACAUUGUCUUGUAUGGCGGUUGGAAAUCCACGACGUGAAUGGUAUAAAGGUGAUGUUUUACUGCGACAAGGACAUUCACAUAAUGUUCAAACUCUGGACAGUGGCGAUUUAAUGCUUACCAAUUUACAAAUCAUUGACAAUGGAAAUUAUAGUUGUCAUGCAGACAACACGAAUGGCAAUGACGUUAUAACGUAUCAAUUGAUCAUUCAAGUUCCGCCUAGUUCGCCGGUUUUAUAUGUUACAUCGGCCACAUCAAGUAGCAUUUUAAUGCAUUGGAAAAUUACAUCAAAUGGAAAUGCACCAUUGCUUGGAUUUACAUUGUAUUAUCGUCGAAGCCAUGGAAAUCUCGAAGAAAUGUCAUUGUCACGCCAUGCUUCAAGCCAUGAGCUGAAGAAUUUAAUGUGUGGCAGCACAUAUCAAGUGUAUUUAACUUGUAAUAAUAAAAUCGGAACAUCGCCGUCAAGUACAACAUUACAUGUACGAACACAAGGACAGGCACCUGGUAUACCGACACCAUCAUCGCUAAUAUCACCAAAUUCAACAACAGCUGUUCUACGUCUUCAUAAUUGGCCAGACAAUGGAUGCCCCAUCAUUUACUAUGUUCUUCAGUAUCGAAUGGUGUCGGAUCGCUUUGAAAAUGAAUGGAUUCUGGUGUCAAAUGCAUUGAAGCCACAACGUCGGUUCACAUUGUCCGGUUUGUUACCGUCAACGUUGUACCAGCUACGAAUGGAGGCACACAAUGUUGCCGGUUCAUCAAGUGCUGAAUACAAUUUUAUAACACUUACUAAAGAAGGCGAUGCACCACCACCCGAACUUGUUCAUCGACGUCAACCGGCUAUGAGCUUCUACAGCAACACAAACUUUUUAAUUGUACUGAUUAUUACAUCGGUCACCGGUAUCACAUUUUUACUCACAUCGUUAUAUCUUUGCUAUAAAAAUCGUCGUGAUAAUCGCAUUCGAAAAGAAACGAAAGAAAAUCGUGAAAACAGCGAAGCAGCUCAACGUGAACGUUAUUAUGCAACAAUACACAAAGUUGCGCACCAAGCAGAUAAAAUACCGGAAACGUCUGAAGAUAUAUCACCAUACGCAACAUUUCAACUGUCUGAGGCCAGUACACUUGCUCAACCGCAUCCAGGGCCAGCCAAUACACUGCUGCACUCGUUUAUGUACCAUGAACGGGCAUUGCAGGAAGGUUGUGCAUCGCCACCACCAGCGGUAUCAACACACUAUUAUAAUAUUCAGAAUUCAAAAAAUCGGCGACGACAUUCUCGUAAAACUGAACCGGAGAGUGAGUCCGAUUCGGAUCAAGAUCCAUUGACAUCAAGUCGAACUGAAUCAUCAAAUCAACUAGAUGGCAAAAUGAAACAUAAUAUUAUUUAUCAUGGCAAUCAAUCAAGUACAUCAUCUGAUCUAUCGCCCAUGUCGGAGCAGAAAUCUUUGCCACGUCGAGGCAGAUCCAGGGGCACAAUGCGAAAUCUUCUACCUCUACAAUUGCCAACAAUUGGUGGAAUCGGAAAUUAUCAUCAUCAAAUACCAAUUGAAUCGGGAACGCCAUGUACUGUCGCCGAGCUAUCCGAAGCCGAAUGUGACAUUGAUACAUUAAAAAAAUUAAAACUAGGUAUGCGAUCAUCGCUAUGGUCACGACCACCACCAAAUGUGAUUGCCAAUGAAAACGGCCAAACAUUGAGCAGUAACAGUCAACUACGCCAACACAUUGAACCGGGAAGCAAUCCAUCUGACUAUUCAAUAGCUGUUUAAUCAAAAAAAAAGAACAAAAAAAAAAAACCAAAAACAAUCACAUGCUAC